UAGAGGCCCCGCUCCUCCCCCAUCCCCCAGUGGCGACCCGGGUAGAUGUGGAGUCGAGCGUUUCGCAUUGUUGGUGUGAGCGGCGCCUUGAGGCGAGGCCUCCUCACUAUGCAGCUCAAGACGGUGGAGUUCGAGUCGCUGUUCACGGACGGCCUAAAGAGUAUUGCAGAGUUAUUCGGUAAAAACAACCAUGAGUUGAGAAUAGCAGGCGGCGCCGUGCGGGAUCUGCUAAGCGGGAAACAGCCGGAAGAUGUGGACUUUGCCACCACAGCUACUCCUGAACACAUGAAAGAAAUGUUCCAAGCCGCCGGUAUCCGGAUGAUCAACAACAAAGGGGAGAAACAUGGCACCAUCACUGCAAGAGUUCACAAUCAGAACUUUGAGAUUACUACAUUACGAGUUGAUGUUGUAACAGACGGAAGGCAUGCUGAUGUACGGUUUACAACAGAUUGGCAGGAGGAUGCUCAACGAAGAGACCUGACCAUCAACGCUAUGUUUUUAGAUCUUGAUGGUACACUAUACGAUUAUUUCAAUGGCUAUGAGGAUCUGAAUAACAAGAAAGUUCGAUUUGUAGGUGAUCCAUCACAGAGGAUACAGGAAGAUUAUUUGAGAAUAAUGCGGUAUUUUAGGUUUUAUGGCAGGAUUGCCAAAGAGUCAGGGGACCAUGACCCAAAGACACUGAAGUCAAUCAAACAACAUGCAAAGGGCAUGGCUGGGAUUUCUGGUGAAAGAAUCUGGUUAGAGCUAAAAAAAACUCUAGUUGGAAACCAUGCUGCUCAUCUUGUCAGCCUUAUGUAUGAACUGGAUGUAGCCCAGUAUAUUGGAUUACCUGUAAUUGAAGGCAACCUGGAAGAACUAAACAGUGUGUGCAAAAAUGUGCAUCAUCACUCUCCAAAACCUAUGACUGUUCUUUCAGCACUGUUUCGAAUACAGGAUGAUGUCCUGAGACUUGAUUUGAGACUCAAAAUUUCAAAAGAGGAAAAGCAACUUGGCUUAUUCUUAGUUAAGUACAGAAGAGAUUUGAUCAAGGCUGAUGGUGCCGAUCCAUUAAAACCCUACAGAGAUUUCAUUAUUGAUUCCAGAGAACCAGAUGUGCAAAGCAGAGUGUGUGAAUUGCUGAAGUACCAAGGAGAGGAGAAGUUACUGAAGACUAUGGAGCAGUGGUCCAUUCCACGCUUUCCUGUUAGUGGCCAUGAUCUAAGAAGAAUAGGAAUUGUUUCUGGAAAGGAAAUUGGAACAAUGCUGCAGGAACUUAGGAAUACAUGGAAAAAGAGUGGUUACCUGAUGGAUAAGGAAGAACUGCUAAGUAUGGUAAAAAAUCCAUAAACACAUCCCAACAACUUUUGGAACGAAGGGGAAAAGACCGUUAUGUUGAAAACAAUUUUUAUUCUCCUAAAAUAUUUUUGUUGCAAUCUUUAUCAUCAACCUUGGAUUCAUCAUUAUGUACAUGUUUAUUACAUUUUUAAUCCCAACUGUUUGUUUUUCUGUCAUUAAGAUCAUUGUAGUUUACUUAUAUGGUGACUAGUUUUAUGAAGCAACAAAAUUGGAUUUAAAACAAAUUGGGUAAAUUUGGUAUGUGUAGAUGACUAGGAGUCAGUUUAGAUCUUGUGACUCUUUAAUCUAAUUAUGCCUUCAAGGUUUGAACAGUUUGUAUGGCUAAAAGUUAAGUUAGCUUUAUACUAGAUAAAUGACUGCAACCUGAAGGACUAGAUCUAUAAAGCUGCUUGUAUAUGAAAUUUGAGUUCAGGUUCACCCAUUAUUGCUCUAACCUGUUGAGUAGUUUUUCUGUAAUGAAGGACAUUUAAAGAAAAUUAAAAAUCCAAGCUCAUGAA